UCAGUCUCUCUCUCUCUUUCUUCCUCCUCGGCUCCCUUCCCAUUUGGCUCCCCUCUGGGAAGGGCUCCUUGCUUGCUUCUUUCCUUGGACUGCCAUGGGCCAAGUUCCUGCCUGGCCUCCGGCGUGGCUGGGGGCUCCCUUGGCCGCCCGGACCUGGCUCUUCAUCCUCACUUUUGGCUUCAUCGGGGCAGACCUCACUUGCCGCUCUUGCCACUGGCGCCAGGUGCAGCUCCAGCCCCAGCAGCAGCAGCAGCGCCUGCCCUCCUCCUCGCCUCCGCCGGGAUUAUUAUCUUCUGUCCACUUGGAGGAAGCCCCAGCCCUGAGGAGUCGGCCCCCGGGGCUCCCCCCCAAAGCCAGCACUUCGGAGCCCCUGAGGCAGAGGAGGAGGAGGAGGCGGCAGAGCCGGGAGCCCCGAGGAGGAGCCCCCCUGGAAGCAGCCGCAGGAGGAGGAGGAGGAGGCGGCGGCGAGGCCCGGCCCCCGGAGCCCUGGGAGGCCAAAGGGACGCGCUUCAGGGCCGAGGAGCUCAAGCUGACCAGCACCACCUUCGCCCUCACGGGGGACUCGGCCCACAACCAGGCCAUGGUCCAUUGGUCCGGACACAACAGCAGCGUGAUAUUAAUUCUGACAAAGCUGUAUGACUACAACCUGGGGAGUAUCACGGAGAGCUCUUUGUGGAGGUCAACGGAUUAUGGGACCACAUAUGAAAAGCUAAAUGACAAAGUGGGUCUGAAGACCAUUCUGAGCUACCUCUAUGUAUGUCCAACUAAUAAGCGUAAGAUUAUGUUGCUCACUGACCCAGAGAUUGAGAGCAGUCUCCUUAUCAGUUCUGAUGAAGGAGCCACCUAUCAAAAAUACCGACUGAACUUCUACAUUCACAGCAUGCUCUUCCACCCAAAACAAGAGGAUUGGAUUCUAGCCUACAGUCAGGAUCAGAAGUUGUACAGUUCAGUGGAAUUUGGAAGAAGAUGGCUACUUCUCCAGGAAACUGUAACACCAAACAGAUUCUACUGGUCUAGGAUGGGUACCAGUAAAGAACCAGACAUAGUCCACUUGGAGGCAAAAACAUUGGAUGGCCAUGCACAGUACAUCACCUGCAAGAUGCAGAACUGCUCUGAGGCUGUAAGAAGUAAACCUUUCCCAGGAUACAUUGACUCUGACUCCCUCAUUGUCCAGGAUGAUUAUGUGUUUGUUCAGCUGACAUCAGGAGGCCGGCCUCAUUACUAUGUGUCCUAUCGGAGAAAUACAUUUGCACAGAUGAAGUUUCCCAAAUAUGCCUUGCCAAAGGACAUGCACGUUAUCAGCACGGAUGAGAACCAGGUGUUUGCUGCAGUUCAGGAAUGGAACCAGAAUGAUACAUACAACCUUUACAUCUCUGAUACCCGAGGGGUCUACUUCACCCUGGCUUUGGAAAAUGUCAAGAGCAGCCGAGAUCUGGAGGGCAAUGUGAUGAUAGACCUCUAUGAGGUAGCAGGCAUAAAGGGAAUGUUCUUGGCUAACAAGAAGAUUGACAACCAAGUGAAAACUUUCAUCACCUACAAUAAAGGGAGAGACUGGCAUUUGCUGCAGGCCCCUGACACAGAUCUGAGAGGAAACCCAGUUCAUUGCCUUCUGCCAUAUUGUUCCCUACAUCUCCACCUGAAGGUUUCAGAGAAUCCAUACACUUCAGGCAACAUUGCUAGUCGGGAUACAGCCCCUGGCAUCAUUGUGGCCUCUGGGAAUAUUGGAACAGAGUUGUCAGAACAAGAUAUCAGCAUGUUUGUUUCAUCUGAUGCUGGCAACGCUUGGAGACAAAUCUUUGAAGAAGAGCACAGUGUUCUUUAUCUGGAUCAAGGUGGGGUUUUGGUUGCCAUGAAACAUACAUCUCUGCCUAUCAGACAUCUCUGGUUAAGUUUUGAUGAAGGAAGAUCCUGGAGCAAAUACAGCUUCACAUCUAUCCCCCUUUUUGUUGAUGGAGUCCUAGGAGAACCUGGAGAAGAGACCUUGAUAAUGACUGUUUUUGGGCAUUUCAGCCAUCGCUCAGAGUGGCAGCUAGUGAAAGUUGACUACAAGUCCAUUUUUGAUCGACGGUGUGCUGAAGAUGACUACCGACCAUGGCAGCUUCAUAGCCAGGGAGAAGCAUGCAUCAUGGGAGCAAAAAGGAUCUACAAGAAACGCAAGUCAGAAAAGAAAUGCAUGCAGGGAAAGUAUGCUGGUGCCAUGGCAUCUGAACCAUGUGUUUGUACAGAGGCAGACUUUGACUGUGACUAUGGAUUUGAGCGUCACAGCAAUGGCCAGUGUUUGCCUGCGUUUUGGUACAAUCCAUCGACUUUGUCAAAAGACUGCAGUCUUGGUCAGAGUUAUCUCAAUAGCACUGGGUAUAGGAAGGUUGUAUCUAAUAACUGCACAGAUGGUGUCCGUGAACAAUACACAGCCAAGCCCCAGCAGUGUCCUGGCAAGGCCCCAAGAGGGCUUCGAGUUGUCACUUCAGAUGGCACAUUGACAUCAGAACAAGGGCACAAUGUUACCUUUCUGGUACAGCUGGAAGAGGGAGAUAUUCAAAGAUCAAUAAUUCGUGUGGAUUUUGGAGAUGGGAGUGCUGUGUCAUACGCCAAUCUCAGUUCAACAGAAGAUGGGAUCAAACACAUCUACCAGAAUGUGGGGAUUUUCCGAGUAACAGCACAGGUGGAAAACAGCCUGGGGGCUGACAGUGCUGUCCUGUACUUACAUGUAAAUUGCCCUUUGGAACACGUUCAUUUGUCAUUGCCAUUUGUAACAACAAAAAACAAAGAAGUUAAUGCCACAGCAGUGUUGUGGCCCAGUCAAGUUGGAACGCUAACUUACAUCUGGUGGUUUGGAAACAACACUGAGCCAUUGGUCACUUUAGAAGGGAGCAUCACAUUUACAUUCUCUGCAGAAGGAAUGAACACCAUCACAGUGCAAGUUUCUGCAGGAAAUGCCAUUCUGCAAGACACCAAAAUGAUUGCAGUGUAUGAGCAAUUUCGAUCUCUAAGGUUAUCUUUCUCUCCAAAUCUGGAUGAAUACAAUCCAGACAUUCCUGAAUGGAGACGGGACAUCAGUCGAGUAAUCAAGACAGCCCUUGUUGAGGCAACAGGUAUUUCCAGCAAACAUAUCUUGGUGGCAAUCCUGCCAGGUUUACCCACAUCAGCUGAGCUCUUUAUUUUGCCCUAUAACGAUGCAACAGGAGAAGACAGACAAACAGCAGAAGAUCUCCAGCAGAUUUCAGAAAUUUUGGCCCAGAGACUGAACCAAAAUUCCAUCCAGUUUGACUUAAAACCUGGCGUUAGAAUCUUUGUUCAUGCUGCCCAUUUAACCGCAGCCCCACUCAUAGAUGUCACACCUAGCCACAGUGGUUCAGCCAUGCUGAUGCUGCUGUCUGUGGUAUUUGUGGGAUUGGCAGUAUUUGUAAUCUACAAAUUCAAAAGGAAGAUUCCGGGCAUUAAUGUUUAUGCACAGAUGCAGAAUGAGAAAGAUCAAGAGAUGGUCAGUCCAGGCAGUCAAACUGAAAGCAUGCCUAAUGUCCCUCAAAGGGAGCUGAUGACCCCAGAGCAACUAGUAGAUGAGAAGUUGGAGACCCGGCCCAUAGGGUUGCCAGAUUUCCAAAGACCAAUUCUUGUACACAAGAGGCUAUUGGGAGGAAAAUUUCCUGGACAUCCUGGACACCAACCAACGAGCGUGACCAGACAGCCAAGGACUGCCCAGGGUCCAGAACCAGACAGUGCAUAGACUGUUGCCCUGCUGAUGAGCGUGCUGGCGGUCAGAUGUAUGAGGAGCGCUCACCAAGCGCAGGAAGUAUUUCCACAGUCGCUGAGCCUCAAAGCACAAAAGAAAUUCCUACUUGUAUAAAUGUUUAAAACAAGGACACCGAUCAGUUGCUAUUCCCUUUACCCUUAAAUAUCUAUAUAUAUGUAUAAAAGAAAGAAAGAAACCAACUGCUUUUGGACUUUUUGAUUCUUCUGAUGACAAAAGGGUUUUUAGCUUUAAGCCUGUGCAUGUGGAUGUCAUUUGGAUAACAUAUUUGGAACUGCAGUGUACAGGUGCUCUAUUUUAAUGGGGUAAAAGGGAAAGAAAAAAAAAUCUUCCUCUUAAUCCUCUCCUCUCUUCUUUUCUAAUCAAGGUUUAAUUUGUAGAUGAUUCAUACUGAUAUAGGCCAAGAAUGUGCAUGGGGAAUUUGGGGGAGGGCAUGAAGUGGGAUAAAAGUUCUUGACCUUGUCAGUAUAAUUUUUAUGCUUUUAGCACUGCAGGAUUGUAGGUGGAUUUGCCACUGAAACCUCCAUUCUUAAGAUACACCCAAAAACUGUACUCAAGUUUAAAGGCAUCAAAAUGUUCCUAUGGAUUUUGUUGUCCUGCCUUAUACUUGUUCAUUACUCUCCUUUGUCUAGAAUUACUGUUCUAACUUCUUCAGAUACAGUUUUAAUCCUCAAUGUAGCUCAGGAUCCUUUAAUAAUAUUAUACAGAGGUAUAACUCAUCUAUCUAGUACAAUGAAGAAAUAAUUCCCUUCACAGAUAUGCAACUAGACACAUGGAUGAAAACCUAGCUACUUUAUGUCUGCCCUUUCAAGACACCAUCAGUAUGAAACUUUUCAUUGACUGAUAUUUUGAGGGACCUUUUUGAGGGAGGAAAGAUAAUGUUUCUUUGCUCCACUUAGUAAUCGCUCUAUUGCCAGCAUCCAAAUUAUGUCUGUCAGUAAUAUAAAGAAUGAUGGAAGUGGUUUGUGAGAAGCAUCAUUUCCUUUAUGCAGAUUUUCUCCCCCCCCCCCAUUGUCCCCUCUGGCCCAUGGAGGUCCAUGGUGGGAUAAUAUGAGGGUUUGGCUCACUUCUCACUUUCUAGCCUCUUAACAUUAAGUCCACUACUGCCCUUGGUUACUACUACUGUGGAAAUUCAAUACAGAGAAAUGGCAACACUUGAUUUAACUGCCAUAAUGCUAAACUAUUUCAGGGAUGUGACUGACCCAAAGAAAAUUCUAAGGGUUGCCCAGUAUGGGUCUUUUUUUCAUCCAAAACAAUGAAUUUUUGUCCCAAUCUAAUAAACCUCCAAUAAGAUGGGGGACUUUGAAAUAAUUUAUAUCUUAUUCUUUAGAAUUCCUCUGCACCUUUUGCUACAAGAUUUGACAUCACUUAUAUCUAUAGUUGUUGUACUCAAGAUGAUGAGAAAUUAGUCUGAUCACUGUAUAGCAAACUUCACAAUUCUAAUAGGCCAUGGAAGUCCAAUAUUAGUCAAGUUAUUUUUAUAGGUCAAUUUGAAUGGUUUUUUUUUUUCUUAUAGCAUUGAACCGACUGCUAAUUUUAAAAUGACUUUUUGAUGUAAUUUUUUCCCUCUUGGUUGGUUACGAUGUAGUGUAAUGUAUAAUUGCUAUUGUUUAUUGCU